UCUUCGGAUUAUCUUUCGAGCAAGCACACACACUCUCACUCGAAGCGAGAAUGUUACUGGAACAUUCUUAUGAAGCAAUAAUCGAUGCAGGAAUCAAUCCAAAACAAUUACAAAAAAAAAAUACUGCUGUGAUCAUAGGAGCAUUUUUUAUUGAAUCGCAAAAGAAAUUUUUAUAUGAGAAUCUUAAGUUAGGAGGUCACAAUAUUAUUGGAUGUAGCAAAUCUACAAUAGCAAACAUAAUUUCAUACCACUUCGAUCUGAAAGGGCCAUCAUACGUUGUCGACACAGGAUGCA